AUUUUUAUUAUUACUGUUAUUAUCAUAAUUAUUAUUACUAAUAUUAGCCUAUACUAUAUUUAUUAUGUCUAUGGGUCGCACAACCCGGACGAAAUAGACCGUCGGACGAAACAUCUGCAAAUGUUUGGAACGACACGGAGGGAAAACACGAGACCGUUUUUUAGAAUUAUUAUUCGUUUUUAUUUCUGUAACGCUUACAGCUGCUAUUGAGAUAUCAUUACUGGAAUCGCGACCAUAGAUUAAUCAGGAUGGAAGAUAAUAUUCCUAAAAGAAAUUCGAGCAAGUCAUCAAGUGUUCCUCUUCCGCUCUCAGCUCUGCGCCUCUUCGUCCCUCCUCUUCAGCUGGUCUCAGCAGCCUGCUGGCAGACCGUCCAGCACAAAGUUGUAGCUGAUUAUGGGAUGCUUGAAGAGUUUGUUUCUAUGGUUACAGAUAUUGUUCCAGAGCUGCUGAGCAGCUGCCAGAGGGCCCAACUCACCCUGGGUCUCAGAGCUCGGCUGAUCCUGGAGUUAUGCCAGCUGGAUGCUCCUGAACUUGAGCUCGUUCAGCCACAUCUGGACAGGAUGCGAGCGCUCACCGAGGCGUGGCUCUCAGAGGCUGCCGCUGCAAAUGUUGGAGCGUUGGACUCAGACUUUGUGGAUCUUGUAAAGAACCUGGUGAGAAGUCCGGACGAGAGGCGACACUUCUUCCAAAGAGUUUUCCAUGAGGACUUUGGGCCCACGUUUGAAGAAGCACUUCACACCUUAAUGUGGCUGUUUUUGUCCAGACUUGAAAAGUUCUUUCCUGUUCCAACUUUCCAACAAGUAGCAUCGAUGUUUGGUGAGCCGUCUGGUGUUCUGGUUGACUGUUUGCAGACUGUGUCUCAGUCUGAUGAGCUCCAAACUCUGCUGCAGUAUCAUAAAGACCUCAACCAACUAGAGCACUGUGGUAGUGUCCUGGAUGGGGCCUGCAUCCUUUCUGCUCUCAGACUUCCCUCCAUAGAAACGACUAAAACACAAACGCAGCACGACGUUCUGGACGAUGUGCUGUCAUUCACAUCUGAUGUGGAGGACUCUUUUACAGUGCUUCACACAGAGCAGAUAAACUGUGAAGAACACCUGUCAGGUGAGCUGAUGACAGACCAAACAAAUGGAACACAGCUGCUCUUGGAAAACACAAAAAGACAUGAGGAAAAGGUUGAAAUCCUUCAAAGCCUGCAGGAAAACGCGUCCUGUCCUCUGAAGGAGUGCCAGGUUCAGCUGAAGAGACUCGACACAGCAGCGGCCUCUCGUUCUCGAUCUGUCAGGCCAAACCGAGGUCUCAGGAUGAAAGUGUUCCUCCUGGAAGAGAAAAGAGAGCUUUGUUAUGGAAAUCUGAUCAGCAACAAAUCUGCUUCCAGGAAAACAAAACCAAGCAGAAGGACUCCUGUGCUCUCGGAUAAGGAGGAAAUCGGGAAAGAGUCUUCGUAUCUGGCUCCAGUCAGUUCAUGCAGUGAUGCAGACUCAUGGUCGUUCUACUCGGAGGAUUCUUGCCAGACCAGUGGUAGCUCUCCCAGCAUGGCCGACUCAUGGUCUUACUACUCUGAUGAUGGCUCAUCUUUUGUGACUCCUGUCAGUAGUUCUGGGGAAAGUGAUUCAUUUUCUGGUUUCUCAAAGAUGGAUGCAACAGGUGCAUCGGCUCCCCUCCAAAAUCCAGGUCUCAGCAAAGCGAGUGCUCUCAAAAAGACCCGUGAACUCCAGUGUUUAAUCUGCAAGGAGCAUGUUGACACAAACCUGAGAGCUCACAUGAAAACCCACUUCCCCGACGGCGUCUACGCCUGCCCUCGAUGCGACGCCAGGUACAAACUCCUCGCGUCUUUUCUGCAGCAUGUAAAGAAGACCUGCUUCCAGUACAGUCAGCAGGCCGUGGAUCCGGAAAAGCCGAACAACACAAAAAAUAUGUACAAAUGUGACAAAUGUCAAGAGGCGUUCAGGUACAAGAUUUCGUUGCAAAGACACACGCUGACCCACCACGAACUCUACUGCAGCGUUUGUCAGAAGGUGUUACGAGAUGCGGCGACUUUGGAAAGGCACAAGACUUCACACACGCCCUUUCAGUGCACCCGCUGCGACGAGUCCUUCAUCGUCUUCAAGCACCUGCUCAGGCACUGCGAAAACAUUCAUAAAAUCACUGAACCGUUCAGGUGCAACCAUUGUCCCAAAACCUCGCCCAAGCUGCGCUUCUUAAUCAAACACGAGUGGCAGCACAUGGGCCGUCUGCCGUUCCAGUGCGCUCUCUGCAGCUUGAAAUUCAAAUCUGACCCCGAUCUCGCCGUACACCAACGAGUUCACACCAGAGAGAAACCCCACCUGUGCACAGAAUGCGGCAAGACCUUCAGCCAAGGGUCCAACCUGUGUCGCCACCUCAGACUCGUCCACAGCGAGUCUCGAGAUGUGAAGAGGCAUUUGUGUACUCAGUGCGAGAAAUCCUUCAAAGAGAAAGGAGCCCUAAGAAAGCACCAGAGGAGCAAACACCUGCAGGAACUUUUCCGUUAUCCGUGCCCGUCCUGUGGGAAGAUGGUGUCGGCAGCAACGAUGGCUCGACAUAAGUUAAUGCACACGGGAGAGAAACCUUUCAAAUGUUCAGCGUCUGAUUGUGACAAGUUCUUCAGGUCGACUUCUGAGGUGAAAAGGCAUGUCCUUGUACACCAUUCCACCCAGAGACCUUUUAAAUGUGACACCUGUGGAAAAGGUUUUAUUGGAAAAUCUUAUCUUGAUGCACAUGUUAAAAUUCACUCAGGAGAGAAGCCGUUUGCUUGCAGUAUCUGUGGCAAGAGAUUCCCCAAGGCCUACAGCAUGCUGAGGCACAAAACCCUGCUGCAUGCUUUUCUUAAACAUUAGGUCUAUACAAAGUUUUCAGCCAUUGGUUGAUGAAAUCUUUGUAAUGUUAAGAUGAAACAUUUGUGGUAUUUGUACUAGAUGCCAUACUUUUUCACGACCAGUCAGAUUAUUAUUAAAACUUCUAUUUCCCAAGUUUGUCUCUCAUUAAAUCUACCAGCUGACCGUGAAGCCCUUCUAGGCAAGUGUUGAUACUUUGCAGCCAACUUGG